AUGCCAUUAAACACCAUCAAUUUUGUCUCAACAGCUGGGCUGCUCUUGGCGACGAACUUGUUUCCGGCAUCUCUGGCACAGGGGCCCUCUACUAAUGGGUCUUCAUCCAAGCUCGGCGCCGUAGCCUCGCAGAGCAGCGUAUGCAGCCGCAUCGGCACGGAUCUUCUGCAGAAGGGCGGCAGCGCCGUCGAUGCCAUCGUGGGAACUGUCCUCUGCGUUGGUACUGUCAGCAUGUACCACAGUGGCAUCGGCGGCGGCGGAUUUGCCCUCGUACGCCAUGGUAAUGGCUCAUACGAGUCUGUGGACUUUAGGGACACAGCUCCAAAGGCCGCAUACCAGGACAUGUUCAAGGGCAAUCUCAACGGGAGUGUAUACGGUGGCCUCGCAAGCGGCGUGCCCGGGGAACUCAGAGGACUAGAAUACAUCCACAGUCAGUAUGGUCGGCUACCCUGGGCGGACGUCGUGAUGCCCGCCGCCAAUGUGGCUCGUCAAGGCUUCACAGUGACUGGCGACCUCAUCCAGGCCAUGGGUCGCGUGUCGCCUAAUACUUUCCUGACGGAGGACCCAACCUGGGCCAUUGACUUCGCGCCACGGGGCUACAGAGUGAGGCUUGGGGAGGUCAUGACGCGGCAGCGGUAUGGUACGACACUGGAGUCCAUCGCCAAGCAAGGCGUUGAUGCCUUUUACACGGGCAGUAUUGCCAAUGCCACCAUCACCGCACUGAAAGCGGCCAACGGCACAAUGACACUCGAGGACCUCCGGACCUACAAAGUUGCGCAUCGCAUGCCCGUAUCCAUGCACUACCGUGGGUAUAAGCUCACCAGUACCAACGUGCCGUCAUCCGGAGUGGUCGCGCUGAGCGCGCUCAACACCAUCAGCGGAUAUGGCGACUUUGGCAACCCGGCGGAAGUUAACCAAAGCGCACAUCGCCUCAUUGAGGCCAUGAAAUUCGCAUACGGGCAGCGCAGCAAGUUGGGGGACCCCGACUUCGUAUCCGGCAUGGCAGCGUAUACACAGAACAUGGUAAAUCCUGACACAGGAAACAAGCUUCGAGCCAAGAUCUCCGACUUUAAGACAGAAGACGCUUCCUGGUAUGACCCAGACAACACGUUGGCGGACGAUACUCCCGGAACAUCGCAUAUGGUCGCUGCCGACGCGAGUGGUAUGUCAGUGUCACUGACUACUACAAUCAAUACUCACUUCGGCUCGCUCCUCAUGGUUCCAGAAACCGGUGUAGUCAUGAACAACCAAAUGGACGACUUCAGCAUCCCUGAAAAAAACAACUCUUACGGCUAUGUCCCAAACCAAGCCAAUUUUAUUAUGCCCGGCAAACGGCCGUUGUCAUCCAUCUCGCCCGUGAUUGUUGAGCACCCAGAUGGCCGUCUGUACUACGCUAUUGGUGCAGCGGGAGGCAGCCGCAUCAUCUCAGCUACUAUUCAGAAUUUAAUCCACGUGCUGGACUCGGGAUUGACGGUACCUCAGGCCCUGGCGCAACCUCGGCUGCAUAACCAGCUGAGGCCAAGCAACACGACGUUUGAGUAUGCCUACAGCAACUCAACCGUCAGUUACAUCGGAUCACUGGGCCACAACUUAACCUGGGUCCCGCCGAUUUACAGCUUGGCGCAAGGAGUUCGGCUUCUUCCCAAUGGAACAUUUGAAGCUGCGGGUGAACCUCGACAGGUGGACUCUGGGGGCUAUGCGGUGUAA